AUGAAGGUCACUUCGGCUAUUGCGUUUUUCUCUCUUCUGGCCUCUGGCCAGGCCACCGGAUCAUACUGGGGGUCCGAGAAAUACUACUCCACCCCGGGUAGAUCGCCUAACAAGUGUAACGAGUACCAGAGCAAGGGCUUCAGCUGGACUGACCUCGCUGCUGGCUCUUUCUCCGAGUAUGGUGGCUUCUCCUUCUCUGGUUUCACUUGCGGCAAUGGAUUUGGUUCUAGCCUUGGCAAGCGUGGUACCCAGAAAUGCAUUUCCGGCACCGUCUCCAAAGGUAGCUCUAGCUCCAGUGCGGCCUCUAGCUCCCAGACCUCCGGUUCUUCGGCUCCGUCAUUUGCCUCCGGGUCCAAUGAGACCAGCUUCUCUGUGACCAACUUCCAUGUUGCCACUGAGAAGGAUACCGAAUUGAACAUCAUCUAUAGCAUGCCCGAUGGGUCGACUUGCAAGAACACCGCUUCCUGCAACUCAGCUGGUACUGUGGUCACCAACGAUCAGUGUGGUGGUGCUAAGUCCGUUCACUUCGAGCUGCCCGACGAUAGUGAGUAUGAGAGCUGUGGUUUUGGCAUAUACAGCGUUAGCUUUGACUGCACCCCUGGUUCCACAACCACUGCGCUUGCCAUUGCCACCACUACUCCUAUUAUCAGAGCUCGAUAUGAACAGAUAUCUGUGUCUGUUGGCCCUGGCUCUGUCGUGCCUUCGGUCUCUGUCCCAGACUCUGUUGUGGUCCCAACCACCACCUCAGCGGUGAGCACACCUCUUCGGAUGACUACAUCGACUGUGUUUACCACCAGUUUGAUCACUAUCACUAGCUGUGCCCCGACUGUUACCGAUUGCCCUGCUGGAUCAGGCUCAACUACUGUGGUAACUUCCACCAUCGCCCUUUCCACCACAGUCUGCCCUGUAACGGAGACUGCACCUGCCGGGGAGACUACUCUUGUUUCGGAGACCAGUCCUGUUGUGGAGACCACUACUGUCGCCACAAGCUCACCGUCUGUGUCUGCCGUGACCAGCCCGAACAGUGUUCUGCCUGCCAGCUCAUCGGCUGGUGUUCUGCCUACCAGCUCAUCGGUUGGUGUUCUACCUGCCAGCUCAUCGGCUAGUGUUCCUCCUUCCAGUGGCACAUACAUUCCUACAUCUUCGAUUUUGGUUUCUUCUUCCAUUUCCUCCACUACCCCCGCUGGAACUUCUGCCUCUUCAACCCCGUUGAUCACCACUCCCGUACAGAUGACUACCUCAACCGUGUAUACCACCAGCGAGGUCACCAUCACAAGCUGUGCCCCUGACGUCGUGAGCUGCCCAGCGGACUCUAUAACAGUCGUGACUUCGACUAUUCCGAUCUCGACCACUGUGUGCCCUGUCACUGAGACCACUGUUGCCGCUACCAGCUCAUUGUCUGUUUCCGUUAUACCCAGCCCUAGCGGUGUUCUCCCUGUUAGCUCAUCUGCUGGAGUUCCUACUUCUAGUGGUAUAUCCGUUCCUUUAUCCUCGAUUUCGGCUUCUUCUAUAUCGUCUAUCACGGCUGAUACCCCCGGUGGAACUUCCGCCGCUUCAACUCCGUUGAUCACAACUCCAGUUCAGAUGACUACCUCAACCGUGUAUACCACCAGCGAGGUCACCAUCACAAGCUGUGCCCCUGACGUCGUGAGCUGCCCAGCGGACUCUACAACAGUCGUGACUUCAACUAUUCCGAUCUCGACUACUGUGUGUCCUGUCACUGAGACUACUGCUGUCGGCUCCACACCUCUGCCUAUAGGUACAGGCUCAAGUGGCGUUUUGCCCGUGAGCUCCCCGGCUGGAAGUUCCACUACUUCAACCCCGUUGAUCACCACUCCAGUUCAGAUGACUACCUCAACUGUGUAUACCACCAGCGAGAUUACCAUCACUAGCUGUGCCCCUGACGUCGUGAGCUGCCCAGCAGACUCGACCACAGUCGUGACUUCGACUAUUCCGGUCUCGACCACUGUGGGUCCUGUCACUGAGACUACUGUUACCGCUACCAGUUCAUUAUCUGUUUCCGUUAUACCCAGCCCUAGCGGUGUUCUCCCUAUUAGCUCUCCGGCUGGAAGUUCCACCGCUUCGACCCCGUUGAUCACCACUCCAGUCCAGAUGACUACAUCAACCGUGUACACCACCAGUGAAGUCACUAUCACUAGCUGUGCUCCUGAUGUUGUGAGCUGCCCAGCGGACUCGACCACAGUCGUGACUUCGACAAUCCCGAUCUCGACUACUGUGUGUCCUGUGACAGAGACUACCACAACUGAUGUCGGCUCCACACCACUACCUACAGGCACAAGCCCAAGCGGCGUCUUGCCCGUAAGCUCCCCGGUUGGAUCAAUUCCUCCUAGUGGCACUUCAGCUGUUUCUACGUCAGUCGGGACCUCAUCGGCUCCUAUUGUGACCUCCUCGGUUCCCGGGGCUACCUCCAAUGUCUCAUCGCCUGCACCUUCGUCUCCUGCUGGCACUACCCCCGCUUCUGGAGAGGCUACCACCACUGUCGUUACUUGGGAGACUGUAACCACUUGCCCGGUGACUAACACUGUUACCUCUGGUAGCUCUACUUUCGUGACUACCUCAAGUACCAUUUCAACUGUUACUUUAACUACUGUCUCUACAAUCUGCACCCAGUGUUCGGCUACCGCUACCUCCAUUGCUGGCCAGAGCACCGUUGCCCCAUCUGGUGCGCCCGGGGCUUCGAACACUGUCAUUUCCAGCCCUGGGCCAUCUGGUACGCCCGAAGGAUCAAGUCCUGUCUUUUCCACGACUGCAGAGGCAUCUAGUCCCCUCCCCAGCGGCCCCGAUAUUACUAGCUCGGUCCCCUCUAGCGUGGGCGCCGAAACCACACCGGCGAUUCCCCAAGGAUCGACUGCCACAGUUAUAACUUAUGUAACUGAGACCACCUGUCCUGUGACUGCCACCGUCACUUCUGGAUCGUCGACAUUCGUCACGACAUCCAACACGGUGUCAACUGUUACCUUGACCUCCACUUCCAACCUCCCAAGCUCUGUCGCUGCUGGAAGCACUCCCGCUCCCUCCGAAACAGGCGCCUCCACCACCGCUCCUACGGGUUCCACUGUCACCAGUAUAGUCUCAUCUAGCGUUAGCGUCGGCAUCAGCUCUACGCCCACUAUUCCCGAGGGUGAGACUACAACUGUUGUGACUUAUGUAACUGAGACCACCUGUCCUGUGACUGCCACUGUCACUUCUGGAUCGUCGACAUUCGUCACGACAUCCAACACGGUGUCAACUGUUACCUUGACCUCCACUUCUAACCUUCCAAGCUCUGUCGCUGCUGGAAGCACUCCUGCUCCCUCUGAUACGGGUGUCGCCCCUAUCACUACUCCUACGGGUCCCGCUGUCGUUUCAUCUAGCGUCGGCGUCAGCUCUACACCCGCAGUUCCCAAGGGUGAGACUACCACUGCUCCUACUGGUCCCGCUGUCACCAGUAUAGUCUCAUCCAGCGUUAGCGUCGACGUCAGCUCCACAACCACUAUUCCCGAGGGUGAGACUACAACUGUUGUGACUUACGUGACCGAAACCACCUGCCCUGUGACUGCGACUAUCACUUCUGGCUCGUCAACUUUCGUCACAACUUCCAGCACAGUGUCAACUGUCACCUUGACCUCCACUUCCAACCUCCCAAGCUCUGUCGCUGCUGGAAGCACUCCCGCUCCCUCUGAUACGGGUGUCGCCCCUAUCACUACUCCUACGGGUCCCGCUGUCACCAGUAUAGUCUCAUCUAGCGUUAGAGUCGGCGUCAGCUCUACGCCCACUAUUCCCGAGGGUGAGACUACAACUGUUGUGACUUACGUGACCGAAACCACCUGCCCUGUGACUGCGACUAUCACUUCUGGCUCGUCAACUUUCGUCACAACUUCCAGCACGGUGUCAACUGUCACCUUGACCUCCACUUCCAACCUUCCAAGCUCUGUCGCUGCUGGAAGCACCCCCGCUCCCUCCGAAACAGGUCCCACUAUCACUAGUGUCGUUUCAUCUAGCGUCGGCGUCAGCUCUACGCUCACUGUUCCCGGUGUUGAGACUACCACUGCUCCUACGGGUCCCGAUGUCACCAGUGUCGUUUCAUCUAGCGUUGACGUCAGCUCUACACCCGCAGUGCCCGAGGGUGAGACUACCACUGCUCCUACGGGCCCCGCUAUUACCAGUGUCGUUUCAUCCAGCGUCGAAGUCAGCUCUACGCCCACCGUUCCCGAGGGUGAGACUACAACCGUUGUGACUUACGUGACCGAAACCACCUGCCCUGUGACUGCGACUAUUACUUCUGGAUCGUCGACUUUCGUCACGACAUCCAGCACAGUUUCAACUGUUACCCUAACCUCUACUUCUAGCCUUCCUAGCUCUGUCGCUGCCGGAAGCACACCUGCUCCCUCUGAUACAGGUGUCGCCUCCACCACUACCCCUACGGGUCCCGCUAUCACUAGUGUCGUCCUAUCUAGCAUUGGCGCAAGCUCUACACCCACCAUUCCCGAGGGUGCCACUACUACCGUUGUGACUUACGUGACAGAGACAACCUGCCCGGUGACCAACACCGUCACGUCGGGUUCUUCCACUUUCGUUACCACAUCCAACACAGUCUCCACAGUGACCCUCACCUCCGUCUCAACUAUCUGUACCCAAUGCACCACUACCGCUACUACUGCCACCGAGACCAAUUCUCUUUCGACAGCCAGUAAUACCCGAGCGGUCCCCACUGGUGUUUCCCCGGUAUCGAGCCCAGCUCCCUCAGUUCCCUGCCCCAAUACCGUGCCCCAGUGUAUCAAUACCUGGCUCACUCUCACCCCCAAGUGCACAUCCAACAGCGAUGCCUCAUGCUUCUGCCCCAACAGCGAGUUCACCAGCAAAGUCAUCUCCUGCAUCCAAGCCUGGGGUACCUCCAAGGAAGAGAUCCAAUCCGCCCUCUCCUACUUCACCGGUAUCUGCGCUGCCUGGGUCCCUCAGAACCCAGGCAUCGUGACCGCCAUCCCCUCAACCAUCACCCUAAUCCCGACAGUCGCUCCUUCUGCGCCUCCAUCCAGCGUUUCCGGCGCCACUGUCACUGCCAGCGCCGUCGUCCCCAUCACCUCCGGCCCCACCGCCCCCUGCACAACAAUCACCUACUCGACCUACACCGUCACUGUGCCGCAGGUCAGCUUCGUCACAAAUACCGCUACUAGCUCCGGUGCCACUCCAACCAUUGGUCUGGUUCCUGCUGGUCCUAUUGGCACUUCCCCAGCACACAGCGGCCGUGUUCCCCGCCCUACAUCGGGAAUCUGGGUGACCUCAAGCGGGUACCCGUACGCGAGUCGAAGCCCAAUUAGAAGCGCCUCCCCCAGCGCAUCCCCGGUCUUCAACUCGGCCUCGAGCUUGUCGAUUGCUUCCAGUCUGGUGCUGACUUCUCUCGCUGCUUUCUUCAGCUUGGUGAUGUAA